UAGCAUUGUGAUGUACAUAGUCCGGAUACACUUUUCCCGCCUAAUCUGUUAAACUGGACUGUAAUUCUGUAUGAGUUUGGCCAUACUUUCGUAUUUAUACGGAUUCAAAUCUAUGCUUCAUUGAGGUUCGGAUGAGUUUGGCCAUACUUUCGAACUUUAGAGCCUUCUGUUUGGCGGGAAAGCGGAAACACUCUCCAGUUACAGUGCAGGAAAACCGCCAACGGUGGUCGCCGACAACCACAUUCAUGGCCGGCAGCGGGGAAAGGGGGAGUCUAGCCGCCGCGUCCAAUAAGAGGCCUCGGCGGAGCUGCGAGGUAAAAAACGACCCUCCGGUCUGUGGAGGUGACAUAGAGGAUGCUGUCUUCUUCGCCCGAGACGAAACCCUAGAAAUUAGGGCUUCCCUGUUAGAGUGGUACGAUCGCAAUCGAAGAGAUCUUCCCUGGAGAAGAGCGAUCGAAAAUGCAGGCGAGGACGAGAGAGAGAAAAGGGCCUACGAGGUCUGGGUUUCGGAGGUCAUGCUGCAGCAGACUAGGGUUCAGACGGUCAUUGAUUACUUCAAUCGGUGGAUGGAGAAAUGGCCGACUGUUCAGCACCUCGCUCGAGCUUCUCUAGAGGAGGUGAAUGAGUUAUGGGCAGGCUUGGGCUACUAUAGAAGGGCACGUUUUCUUCUAGAGGGUGCUAAAAUGAUUGUUGAAGAUGGGAACGGUUUUCCAAACACUGCAUCUGGUCUUCGAAAGAUUAAGGGAAUAGGUGAUUACACAGCUGGGGCCAUCGCUUCCAUUGCCUUUAAUGAGGCAGUGCCUGUUGUUGAUGGAAAUGUAGUCCGGGUCAUUGCAAGGCUUAAGGCCAUAUCUGCCAAUCCUAAAAGCAAAGAGACCAUAAAGAAUCUUUGGAAAUUAGCAGGCCAACUAGUUGACCCUUGUAGGCCUGGAGAUUUGAACCAGUCUCUCAUGGAGCUUGGUGCAAUGACAUGCUCCUCGUUGAAUCCAAGAUGUGAUGAAUGUCCAAUCUCCACCCAAUGUGGUGCUCUGUCACUCUGUAAACAAGAUGAAACUGUUGCCGUUACAGAUUUUCCAAUUAAAGUAAUCAAGGCCAAAAAAAGGCAUGAUUAUUCUGCUGUGAGUGUUGUGGAAAUUUUAGAGAGAUCAGAUUCUAAGAGUAGUAGGUUUCUUUUAGUAAAGAGACCAAAUGAAGGUUUGCUUGCCGGGCUAUGGGAGUUUCCAUCUGUCUUGUUGGAUGGAGAAGUUGACUUGGCCUCAAGAAGAACAGCUACUGAUAACUUUCUGAGAUCAUCAAUCUACUUAGAUAUGAAGAAGUCCUAUACUGUUGUUUUAAGGGAACACGUCGGAGAAUAUGUUCACAUCUUCACUCAUAUCCGUCUCAAGAUGUUCAUAGAGUUGUUGGUCCUGUGUCCAAAAGGAACAAGAAAUUUGCAGAGCAGGAAAGAAGGUAACAACACUGCAAUAUGGAAAUAUGUUGAUGGUGAAGAACUCUCUACCAUGGGGUUAACAUCAGGAGUCAGAAAAGUGUAUGACAUGGUUCAGAAAUAUAGACAAACUAAAUUGGAUUCCACCACUAUGAAACAAAGACAAAGGACAACAACAUCAAGAAAGUAGAGACUUGCCAAGAAAUUUUGCCUGCAGUUAGGGGCCUUCACUGGGACUUACAAAGAAUACUUCUUACUGAUGUGCAAAGUGGUACAUUAGGUUUUUUGUCUCGUGAGAGUGAGAACUUGUAGCUCUAGCAUGCUCAUUUUGUGGUUAUAUGUUCUAUCUGCUGACAUCAUGGCUUCGAGUCUUCGACUCUUGGAAGCAGCCAUUUGCAAAAACACAAGGUGUGAUGGUUUUAAUUUGGAGUUGUGCCCGAGAGAUCAAUUUUGAGCAGAACACUCCGGCAACUAAUGCUUGGAUAAAAUUGUGUGAUACUU